GAUGUUUGGGGUUUCACUUUUAUUUGACUUAUGAGGGUUGAACGUUUUACAAACGUUCCGUGAAAAAAAUAGUUUUGAUUAAUCCCUUUGUCGCUUGCUGAAACCAAAAUAUAAUGAAAUAAAUAAAGUAAACAAAAUACUUGGACAAGUUUCGUAAAGGAAGUCCAACUUUCAAAAACAUAUUUUUUCCCACCCUUGCAUGCAUCAUCCUUUUGUUUCUGGCUAAAGCCAAAAGGUUAUUAAAUAAAUAAAUAAAGAGUACUUCAACACGUUUCAUUUAUAGAUUAUAAACGUUUGGUUUCAUUUUCUGCUCUUGACAGGGUGGUUGCUGAAAUACACGACAAUUGCUCUGAAUCACUGACAAUGAACGACGAACAGUCACUGCAGUAGCAUAUCCACUGAUCUCACCAUCAAGAGAUGAACAUGUUCACUGCAUGUGACAAACAAAAUGGCCACGACAAUAGUACCAGAAAACAUGACAGUCGUUAGCACCACGUCAUAUUUUCUGUCGUCUGAUUUCACGACAUCUGAUGCACUUGACGCAACUAGAGCCAGUGUCAAUUCGAACAUGACAACUACAGCAAUGAUGGAGACCACGACACAAGGUGACGGUCGCAACUUUCGCCUUGAAGACCCCGUACAGCGGAUCAUCAUCGGCUUCGUCUACAGCCUCGUGGCAGUCGUUGGCUUCACUGGGAACUCCAUGGUCAUCCUGGCUGUCAUUCUGUCGAGGAAACUCCAAACCCGCACUAAUGCUUUUGUCGUCAACUUGGCCGUGGCUGACUUGGUGAUAUGCAGCACUGUUCCGUUUACUGCAUUGGCGCUGUUUAGCAUGAAUGGCUGGCCCUUACCGCUGAUCGUGUGCUCAGUGGCGGCUGGUCUGUUCUACACCAGCCUGGCCUGCAGCAUCAUGAACCUUGCUCUGAUAGCCAUCAAUCGGUUCGUCCUCAUCACAAAAUCUUCGAAGACUUACAGAUCUGUCUACACUCCGAAGAAGAUUGCGGCUAUGCUGGUCUUCACGUGGGGGUACCCAGCUCUGCUGUGUUGUUUUUCCCUGUUCGGUAUCGGCAAGUUUGGCUAUUCCGAGAAGUACAAGAAUUGCAGCCUAGACAAUUCCCAUGAGAAUACCGGUCUCCUUAGCUUGCUCGGCUCUGUCCUCGUGUAUCCCAUCCCUUUGAUCAUCCUCUUCGUGUGCUACUUCAAGAUCUAUCGCCACAUCACCAACCACAUGAAGAAGUUUACGAGUGAGGGUGUGGAGCUAGCCGACGCAUCAAAGCCAUCCACUGCCAGCACUGAGCGACUCGCCAGGAACCCACCGGCCAGCUUCAGUAAGCGACAGGUGGAAAUCACUAAGAACCUGUUCUACGUGGUCUGUGCCUUCGUUGCUUGCCUGGCUCCCUUCGCCAUCGCCCUGAUGAUACUACCAAGCGACCCGGUCAUUCCAUGGACCGGAAUGAUCGUCAUCUUCAACAGCGCUAUCAACCCGAUCAUCUACGGGGCCAAACACCCACACUUCAAGGAGGUGUUCCGUCACAUGUUGCGGUGCCGGUACCACAUGAUCUCUGAACCUUCUGGAUUCCUCCGUAAGAUCAGAUCUAGAUAAGAUGCUUCCCAGAUGCUCUCCUCAGCAUCAGAAGCACGAGAACGAGUCUGCAGAUUAAAAAAAACUCGUGUGAGUAACUGAAAUGCUUUUAGUCAACUCAAUUCAAUUCAAUUAAUUCACAUUUAUUUCCAUUUCACAGUUCAUAAAAUACAGCUAAAUAUAGAUUAAACAAUUGGUGUAUACUCAAACAAGUGCACAUGUAUAUUAAAUGUUAACUUGAAAUUUACAAAGGUGAAAAUGGAGGCAUGUCCCGCGGUAAGCGGUUGCUUGAGCUGGGGAUGCCAUACAAGACAAAACGAACAGACGGAGA